AAUGGUAUCUGUUCCGAGUUGCGAAGGAUGGGUCCGGACUCCAAGUAGUUGGACCUUCUCCUAUCAUCCGUCCUUCGUGAUUUGCAAGUAAAAACACUUUUCUCCAUAAGAUCACCAGGACGUGGUCAGCACUGAACCUCCUUGAGAGAGAAAGGGAAGUGGAUCCUGUCGGGUGGAUGCCUGAGCAGACGUUGCCAGAACUUUCCUACAGUCGCCAAGGUUCGUGGUGGGAAGGAAGCUGGACUUCAACCGAGAAUGGCAGAACAAGGAGAGGAACAAAUGGUCGAUGGGACCAGACUUGGUGAUGAGCUUCGAGGUGUCUGUGAGUCUAACAAUCCAGAUCUCUCUCGGGCUGAGAAGUUAAUUGACGAGGGCGCCUUGGAAAAUCUCAGUGUUGACGAGGUUGGCUCCAUUUUAUGUAAAGUUGCGCAGAAAGGUCACCUCGACAUUAUGAAGAAGUUGCUUGCGAGCAACAGAGUGGACGUGAACUACCGGGAGCCGCAAUACCAAUGGUCGCCGCUGCUUAACGCUGUGCAAGCGGACCAUGAAGACAUGGCCGACUUGCUGCUGCAACACGGGGCCGAGCCCGGGCUGCCGAAGAAGAAUGGCGCCUCGCCCUUCAUCGUCGCCGCGAUCACGGGCAACGUGAGCCUGCUGAAGAGGUUUCUCGCCUUGGGCGCGGCCAUCGACGAGGCGGACCACAACGGCUUCACCGCCCUCAUGGAGGCGGCGCAGUACGGCCAUGAGGAGGCGCUGCGCUUCCUCUUCCAGCAGCGCGCUGAUGUGAACAAGGGCAGGCAAGUGCCCGGCGCCCGGGCCAGUGUGGGCAAAGGCGGCAAGACAGCCCUGAUUGACGCCGUGAUGAAAGGCCGCAAGGACAUUGUCGAGAUCCUGUUGGAUGAAAUGCGCGCCGAUGUCAAUGCGUUCGACAACAUCCGCAAGACGCCACUGCUCCACGCCUUGGAGAGGGACAACGAGGAGGUCGUGGAGGCUCUGUUGAAACGGGGAGCAGAUGUUAAUGCCAUGGACAGAAAUCACAACACGCCCCUGAGUGUCGCCUUGAGCAGGUGUACCCUCCGAAGGCCCCUGUUGGAACAGCUGGUGAAGUGCACCCAGGAUCUCAAUCUUCAGGACGCCGAGGGGAAAACGCCACUGAUCCUUGCAGUCGAGAAGAAGAUGCCCAGGGUGGCUAAACUUCUGCUGGAGAGUGAUUGCACGGACAUCAACGCACAAGACCGUUCAGGCCAGACGGCCCUGCUCGCAGCUGUGGAAAACCAGGAUACCUCGUUGACAGAGAUGCUGUGUAAGAGGGGGGCUGAUGUAUCCCGCGCGAACAACCGCGGGGACACGCCGUUAAGGAUAGCCAUAAGGAAGUAUGACAAUAAAACAAAAAACGUGCUGAUUAAGCAUGGGGCAGAGAAGGUGGCCCCCAAUGAAGGAAGACCUCCUUCAAGAUGGAAGGAGCACAGCGUACGCUGGAAAGAGAGCCUGCGGAAACUGCAGGUGGAGCCCCGUGACCCCAUUGGGAAGCUGAAACUAUCCAGAAUCCCGGAUUAUAAAAUUACAGGAGAACGCAGCGCGACGGAGGUCUACCUCGGGUUCUUUAACAAUGAGAUCGAAGUGGCAGUGAAGUGUCACAGGAAAGGUGUCGAGGCAGCCAACAGAGAAUUGGAUUGCCUCCGUGAUCCCAAAAUCAGCGGCAGCAGUCGCUUCGCGACCCUCCGUUAUUGUGAAAGCGAUGAUUUCUGUGAUUACCUGUGCCUGGAUCUCUGCGAGUAUAACCUUGAGGAAUGUGUGAGCAAGUGGCCGGACAAAAUACGAAGCGACGCCCCUAAAAUAAUGAAGCAGUUGGUUCAGGCUCUUCAGAUUUUGCACAAGGUUAAAUUUGCUCACCGGGAUUUGCAUCCAACAAAUGUCCUCAGAGAUGUUGAAGAAAAUUUUCGCCUGGCAGACUUCGAUAAGAGUGUGCAUUUUGAUAAGAACCCAGCUUUGCCGAUUUGCCCUGGAACCUGGGAAGCCUCAGAAAUCCUGCAGAAACUGGAACACUUGCCAAAGGCAACGUUCACUGAGGAUGAGCUGUUCAAAGCAGACGUGCAGGCACUAGGACGCCUCUUACACUUUGUCGUGUCUGGUGGGAAGGACGUCUACGGGAGUAAGAAGGAUGAACUUGAGAAUAACCCCUCUUUCGAUGACAGUCUUUGUGACCUGAAGAAUGCUGAAGCCAGAGAUUUUGUGGAGUGCCUGUUAGCACCAGCAGAGCAGAGAGCGACACUCACUGAGAUUGAACACCAUCCACUACUGUGGAAAGAUCUGGACAAGGCCCAGUUGAUCCAAAGUCUCGCCAACGAGAAGGAUGUGGUCAAACGGAAUCAUGACAGUCAGAUUGUCCAGAUCCUGAAUAAAACCGGAGAGGAUCAGGAAAGAUCAUUUCACAAGUGGACAGAGAAGGUUGACUCCGUUCUCCUCAAUGACAUGAACAAGAGACAAGGCAAGAAUAAAGAAUAUAAGGACACCACCAGUGACCUCCUGAAAUUCAUAAGAAACCUCAUCCAGCACUUUGAUGAAAAGAAAGAGUUCCACAGUUUAAUGAAGAGUCCAGAAGGUUAUAGCUUUGGGUUAUUUCCUGAUCUCAUUGUUGCUGUCUACAAGGCUGUGAAGGACACAGAGUGGAAGAAGUACUUUCCAAAAGAAUAGAGGCUGCUCCUGUCUUCAAAGGGUUGCCAUCUCUUGAGUGGAUAUGAGACAGAACCAUAUGCAUGCUUCAGGGCUAGAAUGGAAAGAAGGAACUUACAUUUGUAUCACAGAAUCCCUGUAGUGUGGAAGUAGGCCAUUCAGCCUACACCCACACUGCCCCUCCAAAGAACAUUCCACCCAGCCCCCUAUUUUCUCCUUGUAUUUUUCAAUGGCUAAUCCACCUACCCUGCACAUCCCUGGACACUAUAGGCAAUUUAGGGGGCACGGCCAAUUUAUUGAGUCUGCAGAUCUUUGGACUGUGGGAGGAAACGAGCACCCAGGAGAAGCCCACACACAGUGAGAAUGUGCAGACUCCACAAGGGCCUGAGGUGGGUCCCUGGUGCUGUGAGGCAGAAGUGCCAACCACUGAGCCAUCCUGUCACCCCAAAAGUAUGUCACCUUAGGAUGUUCCAAAGCAUUUUACUGCCAGAGAUGUAGGCUUGGAACAUGAAUAAGGUUACAUUUUUGCCACACAACUGCCAAGCAAUGACUGUCUCCAUCAAGGGAGAACGUAACUAUCCCCCCUUGAUGAUCAUUACCUUUAAGAAAAUCCACCCCUGUGUAUGUACAGUGUUGCAGUUAGUCAUCUGUGAGCCUGCAAGCUGCACAGACCGAGAUCAAUUCACAGACUCCCGACAGUGUGGAAACAGGCCACCUGGCCCAACAAGUCCACACUGACCCUCCGAACAGCAUCCCACUCCCCCACCCCAUUACUCUACAUAUUCCCUGACUACUGCACCUAAUCCACACAUCCCUGAACACCAUGGGCAAUUUAGUUUGGCCAAUUCACCUAAUCUGCACAUCUUUGGACUGUGAGAAGAAACUGGAGCACCCAGAGGAAACCCUCACAGACACGGGGAGAAUGUGCAUACUCCAAACAGACAGUUUCCCAAGGCUGGAAUCGAACCUGGAUCCCUGGCGCUGUGAGGCAGCAUGCUAACCACUGAGCCUCAGUGCCACACAUCAUUGCUUGCUGUAAUGUCUGCUUCACGACUUGUAAUGUGUUUUAUUGCUUCAAAUAAGCUAGCUUACAAAGUUAAUGGAUUUAUUAUGAGACCAUUAUCUUUAACUUGUCCUGAUGAAAGGCUGGAGAAAACACUGUACAGAUGAGGCCUAUUGCACAUGCAGCUUAAUCUGCAGGUAGAAAAUAUGAACGAGUCUCCGAUCGUGCAAAGGUGUAUGAGGCAACAUAUGGGCAAGGAGCAAAAGUAGGCCACUCAGUCCAUUGACCCUGCUCCCCCAUUCAAUAAGAUUGUGGUUGAUCUGAUUUUAACCUCAACUCUGCAUUCUCUGAUAAUGUUUCAUCCCUUCAGUCAUCACAAAUCUAUGUUCAUGGCUGAGCAUCGAGCACAAUACUGUAAUCCCUCCCUACCCCAUAUCCCUUGAUUCUUUAGCCACAAGGGCUAUAUCCUUUUCGAAAAUGUAAUGUUUUGGCCUCAACCACUUUCUGACAGAAUUUCACAGGCUCACCACUCUCUGGGUGAAAACAUUUUUCCUCAUCUCUGUCCUAAAGAGUUUAUCCCUGAACCUUAAACUAUGAGCCUGGUUCUGGACUUCCCCACAAUUGGGAACAUCCUUCCUGCAGCUUAUUUGUCUCGUCCUGUUCCAAUUUUACAGCUUUCUCCAAGAUUCCCUUCCUUCAUUCUUCCAAACUCCAGUGAACACAUUCCUGACCAACUCAACCUCUCCUUAUACAUCAGUCCUGCUAUCACAGAAAUCAAAUGGCAUUCAGUAAUUAAUAUUAAUCAGCCCAUUAUGGAAGACAGACUUUGAAGGUCAGGGUUAUAAGACAAUCAUUGCCAGUUCUAAAAUUCAAGCUUCUGUUGAAGUAAUCUCAAUGGAAUCAUUGGAUACAAUCUUACAACAGCAGAAAGAUAGGACGAGUGGAUGGAGGGUGCAGACAGCGGUGUAGACAGUGGGUGUGAACAGGGGGUGUAAAUGGAGGGUGCAGACAGUAUGUACAGACAAUGGUGUAGACAGGAGGUGCAGAUACUGGGUGCAGGUAGUGUUGUAGAUGGGAUUAUAGACAUGAGCAAGACCUUGCGUGGUGACUAGACGGGUGGCUGUGUGAGAUCACACAGAGUAGUUAGGAACACCCUCUGGUGCUGAAGGUCAUGCUGCUGCUGGCAAAGGUCACAUUUCAUCUGAAACGGCACUCCCUCCCUACACACUCCCCUCUCGUCCCCACAUGCCUCACUACAACCCCUGGAGAUGCCAGCCAGCACCUUGUGCCUUGCUCAGUUUCCAUUGACCUUGCCUCCAUUAGCCUUGACCCUUCUUCCAAGCACCUACUUGGGCCUUCACUGAAGCUUGAGCCAUUUCCUCUGACCUGUGAUCAUGUAUUUGCCACCUUCAACAGUCUAUACUAGUCACCAUUAACCUGCACAGCCCUCUCAGCAUAGAUACAGCAUAGAAAAGGCCCUUUGGCCCAUUGAGUCUGCGCGAACAUAACUACCACUGAAGGCACUUUUAUCCCAAUUUCCUGCCGUUGUCCCAAAUCCAUGAAUGUUAUGAUAGUCAAAGGUUGUAAGGUUUCCACCCUCCAUUACCUUCCCUGAUAGAGGGUUGCGAAUUUGUAGUUUGUACCACGUCAGGCUGGUGCAGUUUAAAAAAAGCUCAACUCUUUGGGCUUUUUUAUGGGUGGCACAGCUGCCUUACAGCACUAGGGACCCAGGUCGAUUCCAGCCCCGGUUAUCUCUGUGGAGUUUGCACAUUCUCCCUGUGUCUGUGUGGGUUUCCUCCCACAAUCCAAAGAUGUGCAGGUUAGGUGAAUUGGCCAUGCUAAAAUUGCCCAUAGUGUUCAGGGAUGUGUCAGGUGCAUUAGUCAGGGGAAAUAGCCAAUGGGAGUGGAUCUCGGGUGAAUUUCUUUUUGGAGGAUUGGUCUGGACUUGUUGCACCAAAUGGACUGUUUCCACAAUGUAGGGAUUCUAUGACAGUCCAUUCCAGAUUCCCACCACCCUCUGAGUGAAAAAUGUUCUUUCCCAAAUCUCAUUUGCAAUGUUCGUAAGGAAAUCUUUCAAACCAUUCAUAUUGUUCAGUGUCCUUUAGCUCUUGCGCUCCUUGUUUGAUAAGUGUUAAUUCUUUCUGAUAAAAUAUGAGUUUGCUGAUGGGGCCUGUUAACCUUGUCCAAUCAGGGAGCCCUGGAUGACAGAUAAAAAGGGGAGUGUCCCAACUCUAUUUUGAUUUAGUCCCUGCCCUCCCCUUCACUGUUUGUUCACACAGCAUUGCCCUUCGAUGUGAAGGGCACUGCUUGUCACAGGCCACUCGGGUGUUUUUCCUACUUUUCCUGGUGGUGGAAAUUGAAUAAAGAUUUGUACACCUUGUCUCUCACUGUGUCUCACACCUGCGCACACACACCAUGGGUGCUGGGGUUAAAAAUAAUAAGCACUACCGCAGUUAGGCGGUAGUGUGGGGGUUAAAAAAAAGAAAAAAAUAAUAAAAAAAAUAGAAAAAAUAAACAGGAGAUUAGCAUUGCACUUUGUGAAGGGCACUGCUUGUAAAAAAAAAGGGGAGUGUCCCAACUCUAUUUUGAUUUAAUCCCUGCCCUACCCUUCACUGUUUGAUCACGCAGCAUUGUCCUUUGAUGUGAAGGGCACUGCUUGUCACUGGCCACUCGGGUGUUUCCUUUCUUCCUGGUGGUGGAAAUUUGAAUGAAGAUUUGUGCACCUUGUGUCUUUCACUGUGUCUCACACCUGCACACACACACACACACCAUGGGGGCUGGGGAAAAAUAAGCUCUACCGCAGUUAGACGGUAGUAUGGGGAAAAAACGAUAAACAGGAGUGUAAGGGGUUCUGUAAAAGAGAAAAAAAUAAACAGAAGUGUCAGAGGUUCUGCUUAGUCUGAGAGCUGGCUCUUGAGGGAGCUGGACCAGUGUUCAAAGAUUCUCCUCUUGAUUGUUUCAAGAGAAGGGACUGAUUCUGGGGGGAAAAAAACUAAAAUAAAGAGGAGUGUCCCAACUCUAUUUUGAUUUAAUUCCUGCCCUCCCCUUCACUGUUUGAUCACACAGCAUUGCUCUCUGAUGUGAAGGGCACUGCUUAUCAUUGGCCACUCAUGUGUUUCCUUUCUUCCUGGUGGUGGAAAUUGAAUAAAGAUUCAUGCAACUUGUGACUUUCA